AUGCAGGUCGACAACAACUUGGAUUUACAAGAACGCGUGUCGUACAUCCACUCGGACACGACCAAAGACGUUGACGGGUACGCCGAGGCGAAAACCCCCAAGGACCUGGACGACACCCUUGAAAACGGGGGGGCGCUGGCCGAAGGGGGGGCGCUGGACUUGUUCUCCCGCGAAGCGUUUGCCCUGUUCAUGCAGUACGGCGCCAUCGGGGUCAUCUACGGCAUGAUCCCGUCGCUCAACUACCCCAUCUUCAACAUUUACCUCAACUUGGAGGGGUACCAAACCGCAUCGUACGGCGUGCUCAUCGUGGUCGGGUGGUCGUUCAAGGCAAUAUUUGGCAUGUUGUCCGACUGCGUCCCCAUCUUUGGCUACCGUCGCAAGUCGUGGAUGUUGAUCGGGUGGACCAUCACAAUGAUCUGUCUGAGUGUGAUGACGUUUUCGUCGUUGGGCGAGCCGUUUUGCAAUCGCGAAAAGACCAAGUACUGCAGCACGCCGUUGGAAAAGGUGCCCGCGGCCGAGCUCCAGCACUUUAACCUGGACGCCCCCAACAACGGCACGCUGUUCAUCAUUCUGUCCAUGUUUGUUGCGUUUGGGUACGUCUUGGCGGCGUGUGCGUCGGACGCGAUGGUGGUCGAGUACGCCCAGCGAGAACCUGUGGCCAUCCGCGGCCGCGUCCAGACCGCCAUCUACGUCGUGCGCACGCUCACUGGCAUCCUCGCGUACUUGGUGACUGCGUUCGGGCUCAACGGCCCCAACUACGCCGGAUCGUUUUCGUUUGCGUUGGCGCCGAAUGCUCCGUAUGGCAUUUGCUUGGUGCCGUGUGUGCUCGUGGUGCUCUCGACGGUAUUCCUCCUCGUGGAGAAGAAGAGUCCGCCCACGUCUGCGACAGAGUGGUUCCAGGCGUUUUGGGAGUCGUUGCAGCGUCGCGUGAUGUGGCAAAUCUGUUUGUUCCGAUUCUUGAGCAACUUUUUCAACGGCAUCGGCACCACGGCGGGGUCGCCCAUCUCGACCUACUGGGCGGGGGUCGAACCCCUCAACGAUUCGCUCUCGAGCAUCGUGGGCAGUUUGCUCUUUGCUGGCAUUUUGGUCAUUGUGGCCAAGUGGGGGCUCAACUGGAACUGGCGCUACACGAUCGCCGCCGGCACCGUCGGGGUCAUCGUCAUCGACGGCUUUGUCGUGUACAUGACCAUCUGGGACGUCGUGCGCAACCAGUGGUUCUACACGGGCGUGGCGCUGGCCGACACCAUACCUUCGGGUGUCCGCUUCAUCGUUGCCACGUACGUGGCCGUGGAGAUCGCCGACAAGGGCAACGAAGGCGCCACGUACGGCCUCAUCUCGACCGUCAACAACCUCGCGGGGCCGUUUGCCAGCAUCUUUUUCAAGUACAUCAACUCGUACUUCAAAGUCCGCCAGAACGACAUCAAGGCCGACACGCUCGAGGUGCGGUGGGACGUCACGUACGUGUUCUUGAUUUCGUACUCGUGCAAGAUCGCGUCGCUGUUUUGGCUGUUCAUGCUGCCCCCCCAGAAGCAGCAAGUGCAGGAACUCAAGGCCCGCGGGGGCAAGAGCAAACUCGCCGGCGUAAUCCUCAUCACGUUUUUCACGGCGGCCUUGGCGUUCUCCGUGACCACGAGCGUCAUGUCCAUCUACCCGUCGACGAAAUGCUACCGCAUUGCCGGCGGCAACGGCGUGUUGGACCCCAAGACGAGCAAGUGCCCCAUGCCCAAAUAGUCAUGUGUCUAGGUCAUAAAGGAGUUUGUUGUGGUACUAGUAGUAAUUAUAUAGAUACAUCAUCGUUGAUUCACA